UUCACGUCUUCCUCGCCUUCGGGCGACUCGGGGUCUCCUGGCUUCUUGCCUGGCCGCUCACCGAACCACUUCGGCAGCUUCGCUAUUAUGCGUCAAACAAUUCAAUCGCAACUGGAAGAGCGUCAACUUGCAUGUGAAGUGUCGUUGAUGCGGUGGUCGCCCAACAUGGAUCUUUUAGCCAUAGUCAAUGCCAAAGGCGAACUGGCACUGCAUAGAUUAACUUGGCAAAGGGUAUGGUUGCUUGGUCCCAUCGAAGAAGGGGACACCAUUGCAAACCUUACUUGGAGGCCUGAUGGAAAACUGAUCGCUGUGAUCUAUGCAAAAUCGAAACUGCUCUGUUUAAUCGACAUUGAAAAUAAAAAUAUUGUAUAUAAAAACAAGUUGAAGUCUGAAGAGUCUUGUACUUGCAUAUCCUGGUUGUCUCUUACACCACCAUGCUGUAAUAAUAAGAAUGAUAAAGUUUCCUCAUCCUGUACUGGGCCUUAUUUACCACCUUUACCAAAUUUAAAUAGAAGUUUUGGCUCUGAACCUGAGAGGAAAGAAUUUUUGUCUCAAACAUUGGAUAUUUUAUUGCUUGGCCAAGCAAAUGGAAAUAUCAUGAUGUAUAUAUUUGGAAUGUUUUAUUGUGGAAUGAUUAGUGUUGGAAAUGGACCUAUAUUAGAAAUAAGUGGAGGAGCUGGUGAAGCUCUAUGGGCAACUUGGAAAAGCCAAGAGUGCAUUGUUGUUGUGAGAUUAUCAUGUAUUUUAUUACAAGAUAGCGAGGCUUUUUUGAGUAUAGCUCAAAUACAAUCGCAUGUAGAGUUCUUGAUGGACUACCUAUCGAGAACACUAAUGGCUAUUUCCGAAGCAUGGGAGACUAUCCUCUUGGAAAUGGAUGAAAAGCUUGCAAAGUAUGCAGCUGACAAGCCACCAGGAAGUGUUGCUGCAGAUUUCUUAGAACUAUUAAUGAUUGGUAAUGGUUCAACAGAGCUUGUAUACUUUUUACAAAAAGACCUAACAGAAAAAGGCUUAAAAAAGCUUGGGCACAGUAUAGAUAUGUGCUACACUAAUAUUCAAAAACUUGUGCUCAACCAUCUGACUAGCGUUGGAAUGGCUUUGAUAUACCAUUUGUCGGAAAUGCGUGGUAUGGUAAGGUAUGGUGGACCAUACGAAGCUCUAGGUCUCAAAGAAGAAACUCCGAUUACUAAGGCUCUCACGGACACACAAUCAUUCUUGGCCAAAACUUCCGAAAUUCAGCAAGUUAUUGAUCAUAGUAUGCGCGACUACAAAGCUUUUAUCAGGUGGCUGUACACGGUAAUACUGAGAUUGAACGAUGAAAAAAUUCCGUCAGAUAUCAGUAAAAUAAGUCAGCAAGAUUUAACAUAUAUAGCCGAGUUCCUUCGAGGAUUUGAUAAAAUAGAAAUUGACGCGAGUAAACGUAAGCGUGUCAAUUUAGAAAAGUUAGGCCAAUAUUUACGAAAAGAUCCGUUGCAAACUUGUUUUAGUCCUGAAGGAAGUGAGUGGGCUUCCAUGCUUGUCGAGAACAGAUGUUUACAAAGUCACCCUCUUAUCGUGAGGCAAGAUUUUGAAGGAUCUUUAAUGCAAGCACACGAGAUUCUUGUUGGAUCCAUAAAUGAAGUAUUUGUUUGCGCAUAUCAAGAUCUGACGCAACGUUUUGAGCAAAGUGUGGUUCAAUUGACGACCGUAACAAAUAAUUUGUGCUCCCAGUUCGUAUUAAGCGACGGAAAUCUGAUGGUUGUCGCUCCCAACAGUGAUUACAAAAUUCUUCAACUAUUUAGAAUUUAUUCCGUUUCUAGAAGCGAGCCUUUAGUUUGUAAACCGAUGAAAAUUGACGUCAGCAACAAGCAAAAGUCUUCAAUUCCAGCUGAAGUAGCUGAAGAUCAAAAAAUAACAGACUUGAAAUUUUAUUCGCAAGAUUACCUAAGCUUACUGAUUUUAAAUCAAGAAAACAACACUUCUUGUUUGAUUCAAUUGCCGGUGAAUCAUGCAAUACUAAAUGAUUCUCAAAAUAUGAGGCCCGACUUGAUCGUCAAUUUAAAUGAAGUGGCUGAUCGAAAUUUAUCAAAACCUUUUCAAGACAUUACUCCCAGACAAUUGGCUGUGAGUGGUCCAAGAAAAGUGGCGGCGAUUCUGAGUGAAAAUAGAAGAAAAAUCAGGCUACUUGAAACUGAAGUCGACUACGAAGAAGAGGAAAAUUUAGAACAAAGCGGAGAUGAUAACAUGAUGGAUAUUACCCCAGCUACCAGUGCAACUACAUCUCAGUCUUGAUACAACAUG